AUGAGCUUCGAUACGACGACAAAUAAUGGCAAUGAGAAGGAGGAACGUAAAUACUACGAUCGAAACAAAUCUGACGACUUACAAAUCUCCAGGACUGAUAUGAACAUGUUGAUAAUGAAUUAUUUGGUAACAGAGGGUUUCAAAGAAGCAGCAAUAAAGUUCCAGCAGGAGGCAGGACUACAGGAGCCUGCACUUUGCAGUUCUUUAGACGAAAGGAUUAUGAUUCGUGAAGCAGUGCAGACUGGCCGUAUCCCAGAAGCUAUUGCCAUGGUCAAUGCAUUGCAUCCAGAGUUAUUGGAUAAUGAUAGAUAUCUGUAUUUCCACUUACAGCAACUACAACUGCUAGAACUCAUACGGGCAGGAAGAGCGGAGGAAGCACUCGCAUUCGCAAGCGCAACUCUGGCAGAGGCCGGCGCUAAUGACCCAAAUGCACUCACAGAGUUAGAACGAUCACUGGCAUUGCUUGCAUUCCCAGACCCACAUUCGUCGCCCUUUGCAGAUCUUUUACUGCCCUCGCACAGUCAAAAGAUUGCAAGUGAACUAAACGCAGCUAUACUAAAAAUGGAAAACCAAGAAUACACAAAUCCUAAGUUAUGCAGUCUACUCCGCAUGAUUCUCUGGUCACAGAGUGAGCUCGACAAACACAAUAUCAAAUACUCCAAAAUGACAGAUCUCGCCAACGCCACAAUAGAGAAACCCAAAUAUUGGACAAUUUUAGGCAUGGCCGGAGACUGUGAUGUGCAGCGUCGACCUCAGGUGACUCCAAUGGAAUAG